AAGAGGGUCGGGAGUCAAUGCAGGUCAGAGACACGCACCCACACACCCUCGCAAACUCUCUCACACAGAAACUCUGGCGUUUCGCCAAACCCGAAACGUUUCGCUUUUCGACACCAUAAAACCAAUAACCGCUCCAAACCUUCACUCUCUCUCCGCUACUGCGCCAUGGCUGAUCCUCUCACCUCCGACCCUCUCCCCGUGCCAGACUCCAAACCAAACGAUUCUCACCAACACGCCAUAGAAACUCAACGACUCGCUCAAUCGCCGUCCGCCGCCGAGUCACUGCGCGCUCAGUUACCCAGUCCACACCAGCCUCAUACGGACUCCAAUUUAGAAACCCUAGGCGGUGUUCCCUCCUCGGUUGAAACCCUUGCUGUACACCAUCGUAGUGACGUGAAUUGUGUGUUUGAUGUGACAGAUUUGCAGGGGAUUUCUGCUGCGCCGAACUCGGGUGACAAAGCUGAAAGUAAGGAGACAGUUGGACAUCCUGAAAAGGAAAUUAUUGAAGGAGGCGUAGCUCAGCCACUUCAAAAUCAGACAGAAAAUCGGCUUCAGGCGUCUGUGUGUUCAACUCCAUUGUCUGGCCUAUCACCAACUUCUGUUACACAAUCUUUAUCAUCUGUUUCUAGCCCAACUGUACGAAAACAGAAAAUAUCUACACCAAAGGUCAAUAACGUGCAUGUGCCAGAAGUAGAUAAAAAAAAUCCUUCUGGUGGCAAAACCUUAUCGGCUGUUUCUGUUGCAAGGACAUCAGCAUCUGAUGGAUACAACUGGCGGAAGUAUGGUCAGAAGCAAGUGAAGAGUCCUACAGGUUCUCGAAGCUAUUACAGGUGUACUCAUUUAGACUGUUGUGCUAAGAAGAUUGAAUGCUGUGAUCAUUCAGGUCAUGUGAUAGAGAUUGUUUAUAAAAGUGAGCACAGUCAUGAUCCCCCACGGAAAACUAAUUCUGUCAGGGAAAGCAAGUUUAUGUCUUCCAGUGAACCUAUUGUAGUAAACAGUGUUCCGGAGCAUCCUGUCAGAGUUCUGAAGGAUCCUGAUCCAUCCAUUUCUUCAAAAGAACUUCUACAAGAAGCACCCUGCAGCACUGAUAGGAAACGACAAAACUCAUCUAAUAUCAGUGGUAAUGGUAAAGUUAUUUUGGAAGAGGAAAAUGCAAAAGAGCCAGAGCAAAAAAAAAGAAUGAAGAAAGGUGACUUAACAGAUGUGGAUUCUCCAAAACCUGGAAAGAAGCCCAAGUUUGUCGUACAUGCAGCAGGGGAUGUGGGGAUAUCUGGCGAUGGUUACCGAUGGCGCAAGUAUGGGCAGAAAAUGGUGAAGGGAAAUCCACAUCCCAGGAACUACUACAGAUGCACUUCUGCUGGAUGUCCUGUCAGAAAGCACAUUGAGACCGCUGUAGAUAAUUCAGAUGCUGUGAUCAUAACAUACAAGGGUGUACAUGACCAUGACAUGCCUGUGCCCAAAAAACGACAUGGGCCACCAAGUGCUCCUCUUGUGGCUGCUGCAGCGCCUGCUUCCAUGAACAGUUUGCAGAUGAAGAAACCCGAUUCCCCACAAAACAAGAAAAUUUCUACUCAAUGGUCAGUGGACACCGAAGGGGAACUAACUGGGGAAGCCAUGGAGCUUGGGGGUGAGAAAGCAAUGGAGUCAGCUCGAACACUUCUGAGCAUAGGUUUUGAAAUUAAGCCUUGCUGAAUUCGUCUUUCAGAAACCAUCCAGUUGUAACUAUAUAAAUUAAUUGGCAGGUCUCUGUAAUUUCAUUGCUUCCCAUGUUUAUCCUUUCUUGUUUCUUUGUUUUUCUUCCCCACGUAGGCUUCUCUAGUGGAACACUUGGUGUGUAUUUGCUUGUACACCGGUUCAACUUGUCUGAAACAGUUUGCUAGUAGUAGAACGAAUAUAGAAUUGAUUGGCAUGAUUUUAUUCUAACGGUCAUUAAGAGUAAAGUAACAUUGUGGCAUUAUCAUUUUCACUCGAUUACUCAAAUGAUAUGGUAGAAAUUAGCCUUACAUUUUGCCAAUUCAACGAAGAGGUUUAGCUGACAAUGGACUUGGGCCAAGUAGGGCGUGCAAUUGUAAAAAUUUUAACGCAUUUCAUAUUUGGUGGGUUUA